GACAACAAGUGCGCUCGAAUCAGCUGUUCGAAGUCCUGUUCACCGGCCGGUUUACGUCAGUUGACGUUCAGCCGUUCGAGUUUGCGGAAGUGUUGAUAGAGACGAUUUUGUUCAUAGUAUGACAAAGGAUAGUAUGUUCAUUGAUGAUAAUGGAAAAUUCGUGUGCAGAGUAAAAUUAGAGUGCUUUAGUUUGCAUCAAAGAUCAAAGCAGAAAAUUUUAAUGCGCAGAUUGUACUUCAGAGAUACAUUCGUUUGAUUGCUUUGUUGUCGUGCGUGUUGAAGGUUGUAUCGUUCGGACUUGUUUAAUUAACAUUUGUUAUCGUUAUGUCUACUGGAAAGCGAUUGGCAAAAAGGUCCAUUAUCGGUACUAGAGUUUGUGCUCCCGGCGAAGACGGAAAAUACUACUCUGGCGUAAUACACGCUGUAAAGACGCCUGCCAGCUAUUCAGAAAACAACAAUUGUAUCAAUUUAACUCCGAACACUAGAUAUUCCGUUAGAUUCGACUCUAGGCAAGGCAACCUUGGCAGAGUUACAGCUGAAUUUCGUGAAACAGACCUUAUCGGGCCAGGAUUUCGAUCUAUUACAGGAAUUGAGCUUGUUCCAGGUCAAAAAACAUACGUUACAUAUAACGGAAGAGAAGUAGCCGGUGAAGUUGUAAAACAUCAUUUUGAAAACGACGAAGUAUUCAUCACCAUUUGUCCACCAGGUUGCGAGGGUCCGUUUGAAGUUCAGAAACGCUUGGAAGAGGUCCGUCUUUUGGAGUCUCGCAAGUCUGCUCGUCUAGCCGAUCAGGACACUGACUUCGCCCGUCUGGCAGAUAUGGCAGGAGACCGCAAACGAACUGCCUCCCACACCAUAGACGUGCCUGCACCUUCGCACCAUUUCGGGUAAGAAUAAUUCGUGUAAUUCUACCGGCUUACCUAGUUGUUUCUUUAUUACAUGGGUGCGAAUGUCCACAAAUGGAGAUGUUUUCUCACGACAGCGACCCAACGUUUAAUUAACGGUGUGUGUGACCACCGCGUGUACACAAUCUUAUGUGCAUACCUUUUUGUGUUAAGAAGA